UUAAUUUUAAUAUACACAUUUUGACAUAUUGUUUUUUCUUUGACAUAUUUUCAAAACCUCGGGCAUUAAGAAAAUGAAAAAAAAUCGAUAUUUUUAAACCGUCAUAUUAGGGUCUCCCCUUAAUAUCACAUUUGAACUAUUGAUCCAUUGUAAACCUUACAUUCUACUGACCCCCAUUCUCAGUCUCCGUCUUGUAUCAUAGUUGCCAUCACAUAAGAGCCUCGUCAAAACAGUUAUGCAUUGCUACUUUGCGAUAAAAAUGUAAUGUUUAUAAAAUUUUAACAUGCCGCUACGUUAAAUAAAUGAUUACAUUAGAAUUCAGUUGAAAAAUUCUAUGUAUAUAUAUAUAAGUAAAAUAUACGUGCAGGAAGUACUAUUCUUGUUCGCUGAUAUUCAUAUUAAAUUUUAAUUAAACGUUAAUUUAUUAUUAUAUUUCAACAUGAAUUGGUUAAAAAACACGUUCAAUAGCAAAGUCGGCAAUAAUGCACUUGACAGUAUAAACUAACAUAGCAUAUUUCGAUAUUUAAAACCAGUAACGCUAGAUUCUUCUGAGUCAUCUCAAGUGCGGAAAAACAGAGGUACCUGCAAGAACCUGCUGGUACUGAUCAGUUAAUACCGCGGCUUCAAGUAAUGUUAUAGAUAUUUUUGAGAUAUAUCGCACGAUGCUGUUUGCUGUUGGAGAAGUGAUCCUUACGAAUACACACAGUGGAAUGAAACGCAUGAAAUUUUGCCGUUAAAGAAAAGGUGAACUACGCAUGCGUAGGUUCCGGCCAAGAUAUUAUUUUUUCAUGGGAAAUAACCACAUGUCGAAUUUCCUUCAACAUUAUAUUGAUCACUUACUCGUCGUCUUCUUCUCGGAAGUAAGUGACAAAUUAUGAGUUAUCGAUGGCAGUAUAUGUGUACCAUACACACCGUUUAUAUUAUUAAGCAAUUUGCAUGGCAAUUGUCUUUGGCAAAGAAAAAUGAUACAAUUUUAUAUAACGUUAUAUGAUUAUAUAAUUCGCAAGUGCUUCUAUGCAAGAUGAGGUUUCACGAAUCGUCACAAAAUAGUUUGCAGUCUACCGUAACUCGAUAAACUCAGGAUUAUUUAUAAAAUGAGUAUCUCCGUCCAAGAACGGUACUUCAGCUGGAAUAGAAUUUUAUUACUCGCUGUUGGCUUAUGGCCUUAUCACCAAUCAUUGUUUGCUCGAUUUCAGGCAGCGUUGUGUCUUAGUAUUUUGACAAGCUUCGUCGUAUUCGUGCUUUCAAGACUUUAUUUUACAGAAUACUCCUUUGAAUUUACUAUUCAUUUGCUUUCUAUAUCAAUGUAUUAUACUUUCUUUGUUAUUAAUUAUAUCGCCUUUUGGAUUAAUAUAGAAACUACAAAAAAUUUAUUGGAGCAAUUUCAAUACAUCUACAAGAAGAGGCUAAAGGAUGCGAAAGAAAUUGCUAUCUAUAACAAAUAUAGGAACUUUGCAAAACGAAUAACGCUCGCCUGCAUAAAAAGUUUAGUACUUGCAGUAUGCAUUACGCUUUGUAUUACUGCAAUAGAAUGUUGGCCAUUCAUUUUUGAUAUGAUUAUGCCCAAAAAUGAGACCCACGCGCGCCGCUUCAUAGUAACUGUGACUAAAUAUUUCGCCCUACAAGAAAAAUAUUUCUAUGUAUUUAUUCUAUAUCUGAACGCAGUUGUUACUGUAGGAACAGUUGCUAUCAUAUCGAUAGGAACAAUGCUAUUAUCAUGUCUCAAACAUAUCUCUGGAAUAUUGAGAAUUGCUAGGGGAAAUACUAUUUGCAGCUACCGCUUUGACCGAGCAAUACUGGCUGCGUUACCAAGUAUUACCAUAAAAAAUGAAACUAUUAUUUACAAGGAGUUUAUCUAUGCCGUGGACAUUCAUCGCAAAGCUAUGAAGUGUGCCAAAUUUGGUGUAGACAGCAUGGAACGAUCACUUUUCGUUAUUACAAUGAUUACUGUUCUUUGUAUGAGUUUGAAUCUUUAUGGAAUAUUUCAAGUUGAGUCACCUACGCAAGAAAUAGAAAAGACAGCAGGACAUUUUUUUCAUAUCAUGUGUCUUUUUAUAUAUAUGUUUCUCGGCAACUACGCCGGACAGGAAAUUACGGAUUGUAAUAAUCAUAUAUUUCUUACGAUAUACAAUGCUCCAUGGUACUUGGCACCGUUGCAGAUACAGAAAGUGAUAUUGUUCUUAUUACAAAGAAGCAACAAAGCUUUUACAUUGAAUAUCGGUGGAAUAUUCACAUUAUCUAUAGAGAGCUUUACUUCGGUAUAGUUAUACAUUUAAUAAUCUCGUAAAUGCAUCACUAUCUUACCUCACUCUUAUGCUAUCUGUGUAAUAAUAACGAAAAUAUAACACAUCCAAUAAUAUCGUAUAUUAGAACAAAGUAAAUAGAUAUAAAACUCGAUAAAAAUACCGACACUCUCUUGUUCUAUAGACUUAAACAAUUAGGAAGUUUUAAGAAGAUAAGUAGCAUUGUUCUUUGAAAACCAUAAUGUUAUGCAUAAAAUAAGCAAAGAAAAACAUUAACUGAUUUGUAGGUACACUCAGUUAAGCUGACAAAACCAGGUCUAAAAUGUUUCUCACAUUAAGCGUAUAAAAUGUAUCAUUCGAAAAAAAUUUGCGGAUAAGAAAAAA